UGCGUUCGAGGCUUGAGGAUUUCUGAGAAUUUUGCGCGGAAAUUUCUGCGCGGUGAGUCGCAUAGGUCGCGCUUCAGUGGAAGGACACUCGUCGGUGAAUCAUUUGUCGACACCGCGCGGAGGAUAAACCGGCAAAUGGCGCGUGCCCUUCGCGGAAAAUCGAUCGGAACCAGGUGGACCGCCGCAACGGAGUAAAGACUCCGGCCACGUUCUCAUGCCGUCCGUCGCGUGACCGCCGUAGUAGCGCGCGCGCGGCAAGGGCGGGUUGGGUAGACGAGGAAGGGGGGAGUCGGGGGAGUUUUGGCCGAUGGCGGCUGUCAACUUGCGGAUCUCAGCCCUCGCACCGACGGUACUCGGCCGUUUCCACGGUAGUCUCUACGCUACGUUCGGUUCGAGAAUAGCCGGUGCGCGAUCGCGUUGAAUUACGACGCGACACACGCGGAUUUACGUGAGCGAACGCGAGUGAAACGCCGCCAGCCACUUUAUGACAUCGGGCAAGGAGACAAUGGGUGAACAACCAAUUUUCAUGUGCAAGGCGCACGUGUUUCACAUUGAUCCCAAGACCAAGCGGUCUUGGGUACCAGCGUCGUCAGCAGCAAUAUCUGUAUCAUUCUUCUAUGAUUCUACCCGGAGUUUAUACAGAAUAAUCUCGAUUGAAGGAACAAAGCCUGUCAUAAAUAGCACAAUUACUCCGAACAUGACUUUUACCAAGACAUCGCAGAAAUUCGGCCAAUGGUCGGAUGUCAGAGCAAACACCGUAUAUGGCUUGGGUUUUGCAUCUGAAGCAGAAUUAGGAAAGUUCAUUGAGAAGUUUCACGAAGUGAAAGAGGCCACGAAGCUAGCCAACGCCAAGUUACAGUCGAACAGUUCAUCGGUUACGCCGGCCACUAGCGCAAACGUCAGCCCAAUCACGUCUCGAUCGGGCAUGCCGUCGUCGGAGCAAGAUCUCAUAGACCCACCAAACUCCUCGAUGAUUAACUCCAAUGUGUCGAACCAGAACCAGAACGUGAAUGCCAAUAUGAUUUCCACUCAGAACAGUGUAUCUUCGGUAAGCAGCAGUCCUUUACCUGGUAGUUGUCAGAAUAAAGUGGACGACGAAUUGAAAAACGCAGUCCAUUCAAGAUCACAGAGUGUUUCUCAGAGUACAGAAAGUCCGCAACAUCAAGGCAAAUCGGCGCAAUUGAGUUCAACGCAAAGUGGACAGUCGGCCGAGGUGCAGCUCAAGUAUGAGAACGACAGGCUGAAAUUAGCGCUAGCUCAAAGUUCUGCUAAUGCCAAGAAAUGGGAGGUUGAAUUGACCACUCUCAAAACCAAUAAUGCAAGAUUAACGAGCGCAUUACAGGAGUCUACAGCUAACGUUGACGAAUGGAAGAGGCAGCUGCAAUUGUACAAAGAGGAAAAUGCCAAAAUAAAACUCAAAUACGCCGAUUUGGAAGCUGGGAAGAUUGCAGAGGGAAAUUGCGAAGCACUAAGAUUGAGAGUCGAGGCAUUGGAAAGCGAGCUGAAAACGCGGAACGAUGAAAUCAAAGCUUUCACGAUGGCUACCAAAAAUAAGGAUUAUAUGGCUAUACAAAAGGAGAAUGCCGAACUUCGCGAGAUGUUGAAUGUAGUUCAUGAACAAUUAGAACUUGCGUUGAGUGCAAAUAAAGUUCAAAAACAAAAUUUGGAUACGUUAAACGCCAGAUUAGCUGGCUACAUACAGGACUUGGUAACUGUACAUCGAGAAAUUACAAAUACACUGCAAACUUAAGUUUGCAUCAUAGGGGAAAACACCUAAGAGUGCCUCUCUUAGGUCUUUUGUAUUUACUAUAAGCGCGAUGUACGAAUGGACGAUAUAGAUUAAUAACAAAGAGAGAAGUUCCGAGAACAAAGAAAAAUCGCAAAUUAAUCGAGCAAAAAAAGUUCUAGAAUACUGAGAUAAUUGUCUCGAAAAUUAGUACAGAAAAGAUUGCUCCCUGAACAUGUAUUUAAAUUCGAUUGACCUGACCUGAUUAAAGCUUUCUUUUUUAAGGGAUAA